AAGUGGGGGGAAAAGGAAAGUUAUCGAAAAUUCCAGCUUCGCAAUUGGGGGUGGUGUAGAUCGCUUUCCCUUCCCCCCUUUUCCUAGGGUUUCCCCACCCGCAACUACGCCGCGGCCAGCCCACUCCGCCGCCUUCCAUUCCGAGUCCGAACGGGAGGUGCUGAUCCCUUCCAGAAAAGGACGUAAGUGAUCUCAAAGACUUCUUUCCUCCUCCAUCACAGCCAAGUUGGGGGAUUCUUCUGCCGUCGCCGCCUCUGGAAGUGACGAAAGGUUCAAUGGAGAUCACCCAGAUUCUCUUAAAUGCACAAGCAGUGGACGGUACUGUUCGGAAACAUGCAGAAGAAAGUCUGAAACAGUUCCAGGAACAAAACCUUCCUGCUUUUUUGCUAUCUCUUUCUAAUGAGUUAGCCAACAAUGAGAAGCCUGUUGAUAGCCGCAAGUUGGCAGGCUUGAUACUUAAAAAUGCUUUGGAUGCAAAAGAACAACUUAGGAAAGCUGAGCUUGUUCAGAGAUGGUUGUCUUUAGAUGUGUCUGUCAAAUCCCAGAUUAAAUCUUGCUUGCUGCAGACCAUUUCUUCGCCAGUACCUGAUGCUAGAUCUACUGCUUCCCAAGUUAUUGCUAAGAUUGCUGGUAUUGAACUACCUCAGAAACAAUGGACUGAACUAAUAGCGUCUCUACUCUCAAACAUACAUCAGCUCCAGCCACAUGUUAAGCAGGCUACGCUGGAAACUCUUGGCUAUAUAUGUGAGGAAGUUUCUCCACAAGUGGUUGAUCAAGACCAGGUCAACAAGAUACUUACAGCUGUAGUACAGGGAAUGAAUGCUUCAGAGGGAAAUACAGAUGUCAGGGUUGCUGCUACAAGAGCAUUGUAUAAUGCUUUGGGGUUUGCACAAGCAAAAUUUUCAAAUGACAUGGAACGUGAUUAUAUUAUGAGAGUGGUCUGUGAAGCCACUUUGUCUCCAGAUGAAAAGAUCCGGCAAGCUGCAUUUGAGUGUUUAGUAGCUAUCUCAUCUACCUAUUAUGACAAGCUUGCAUCAUAUAUGCAGGACAUAUUCAAUAUCACUGCAAAAGCUGUGAGAGAAGAUGAGGAGCCUGUCGCUCUGCAAGCGAUAGAGUUUUGGAGUUCAAUCUGUGAUGAGGAAAUUGACAUCUUAGAUGAAUAUGGGGGUGAUUUCACAGCUGAUUCUGAUGUGCCUUGCUAUUAUUUUAUCAAGCAAGCUCUGCCUGCUUUGGUUCCCAUGUUAUUAGAGACACUUCUUAAGCAAGAAGAGGAUCAAGACCAGGAUGAAGGUGCUUGGAACCUCGCAAUGGCAGGAGGAACUUGUUUGGGUUUGGUUGCACGCACAGUUGGCGAUGACAUCGUGCCUCUUGUGAUGCCAUUCAUUCAGGAAAACAUCACAAAACCAGACUGGAGGCAGAGAGAGGCUGCCACUUAUGCAUUUGGUUCAAUUCUGGAGGGUCCAUCACCAGACAAGCUCAUUCCUGUUGUCAAUGUUGCUUUAAACUUUAUGCUCACUGCCUUGAUGAAAGAUCCAAAUAAUCAUGUCAAGGACACUACCGCUUGGACAUUAGGAAGAAUAUUUGAAUUUCUCCAUGGAUCCACUUUAGAGACUUCUGUCAUAACUAAUGAGAAUUGCCAGCAGAUACUUACCGUCCUCCUUCAGAGCAUGAAAGAUGUUCCCAAUGUUGCUGAAAAAGCCUGUGGUGCUCUUUACUUUCUUGCCCAAGGUUAUGAAGAUAGUUCAGGAUCACCACUGUCCCCUUUCUUCCAAGAGAUCAUUCAGUCUCUCCUUAAUGUCACACACAGGGACGAUGCUGGGGAAUCCCGCUUGAGGACAGCAGCUUAUGAGUCACUGAAUGAGGUUGUGAGAACGUCAACUGAUGAGACAGCCCCAAUUGUGACUCAGUUGCUCCCAGUUAUAAUGAUGGAGCUCCACAAGACUCUUGAGGCCCAGAAGCUGUCAUCAGAUGAGAGAGAGAAGCAGAAUGAACUGCAGGGCCUUCUUUGUGGCUGCUUGCAGGUUAUCAUCCAGAAGUUGGGAGCAUCCGAGACAACAAAGUAUGGUUUUAUGCAGUAUGCUGACCAGAUAAUGGAACUUUUUCUCAGGGUAUUUGCUUGCCGAAAUGCCACAGUGCACGAAGAAGCCAUGCUUGCAAUUGGUGCCCUUGCAUAUGCUGUUGGGGGAAAUUUCAUAAAGUACAUGCAAGGAUUUUAUCCAUAUUUGGAAAUGGGUCUUCAAAAUUUUCAGGAGUAUCAGGUAUGUGCUAUCACUGUAGGAGUGGUUGGAGAUCUAUGCAGAGCAUUGGAGGAUAAGAUACUACCCAUUUGUGAUGGAAUCAUGACACAAUUACUGAAGAAUCUCUCCAGUAAUCAGUUGCACAGAUCUGUUAAGCCCCCAAUAUUUUCUUGCCUGGGAGAUAUUGCAUUAGCAAUUGGGGAAAACUUUGAGAAAUAUUUGAUCUAUGCCAUGCCCAUGCUACAGAGUGCAGCAGAACUGUCUUCGCAUGCUGUUGCAACUGAUGAUGAAAUGCUGGAAUAUGCCAAUCAACUUAGAAAUGGGAUCCUGGAAGCAUACUCUGGUAUAUUGCAAGGUUUUAAAAACUGUCCAAAGACCCAGCUCCUAAUGCCUUAUGCACCUCACAUCCUUCAAUUUCUUGAUACCCUAUACAACGAAAAGGACAUGGAUGAUGCUGUUAUGAAGACUGCAGUUGGCGUCUUAGGUGAUUUAGCUGACACCCUUGGCAGCCAUGCUAGUACAUGGAUGAACCAGUCUGUUGCCAGUAAAGAGUUCCUGGAAGAAUGUUUAUCCUCAGAUGAUCCAUCCAUAAAAGAGUCUGCUGAAUGGGCUAAGAUGGCCAUUAGUCGCGCGGUCUCUGUUUAAUCAUAAAGAGAGCUGAAGAUAUUGUGGAAAAUCCAUAGGGGCCUAUAAAUAGGGCGUAUCCAGAGACUUUUGUAGUCAAAUUUCCAUUGCAUUAUUCCAAAGCCAUCCUUUUGCAGCAUACAAGCAAGUCUAUAAUUUAUAGUCUCCUGGUAUCUGGAGCAUGUUCCACAUUUUCGAUCGAGUUCCAAAUACUUACAGUGUCGGAGUAUUUGGCCAUCUUCCUUUCGGGGAUAUUUUGAUUUCCUUAUGGGGAUUUUGCCUUAGUUAUUUUGUAUCUUCGGAGUUGGACUGCUGUUGGUCACCCUCCCUUGGAGCAAUUGUAGAAGUUAUAUUGUGUUAUUGCUCUGCUACAGGUAAUUGUCAUAUAUUGCUCCGUAAUUUCAUCCAUUACACCGUUGCAUUCAUGUGUAUUGUCAUUGAAUUUAUUGAAUAACUUCAGGUUGCUCUAUUGGUUACAUGUAUGAUCUUUUAUGUAUUGUAAUGUUUUUUUGCCUGUUUAAUUCAUUGGUAAUAGUUCAUAUCUU